AUGCCGCUGCCUGACGUUGCUGCGAAAAUGAGGGGCUCCCGGCUCCUUGCUCCCCACCUUCUGUGCCUUCUGAUCGCGUCUUGGGUUGCUCCUGCAGCUGCUGGGCCCAGUUUUCUGGUGACAGCUCCUAGUGUCAUCAGACCAGGAAUCAACAUGAGCAUUGGAGUGGAACUUCUGGAGAAUAGCCCCUUUCAAGUCCUGGUGAAGGCUGAAGUGCUCAGGAGCCAGCUAAACAUUACUGUCCUGGAAGCAGAAGGAAACUUUGAAAGAGGUUCAUUUGGGACUCUUGUUCUUCCAGCACUACCCUUGAAUAGUGCAAAUGAAUUAUAUGAAUUACGUAUCACUGGAAAUGCUCAGGGUCGAACUUUGUUUUCUGAUAAAACCCAUUUGGUUUUUGAGACCAAGAGAUUAACUGUCUUCAUUCAAACUGACAAGUUCCUCUACAAACCAAACCAAGAGGUGAAAUUUCGUAUUGUUAGUCUCUUCUCUGACCUCAAGCCAUAUAAAUCUGCUGUAGACAUCCUAAUUAAGGACCCCAAAUCAAAUUUGAUUCAACAGUGGUCGGAUGAGCAAGGUGACCUUGGAGUUAUUUCCAAAACAUUUCGGCUAUCUUCAAAUCCAAUAGUUGGUGAUUGGUCUAUUCAAGCAAGAGUGAAUGGCCAGACCUAUUACCAGGCAUUCCAAGUUUUAGAAUAUGUGUUACCCAAAUUCGAAGUUACUCUCCAGACACCUUUAUAUCAUUCUUUGAAUUAUAAAAGUUUAAAUGGCACUGUCAUUGCAAAGUAUACAUAUGGAAAACCAGUUAAAGGUGAUGUAACACUCAUAUUUGUACCUCUAUCCAUCUGGGGAAUAAAGAAAACUAUUACCAAACAUUUUGAGAUAAAUGGAUCUGCAAACUUCACAUUUAAUGACCUAGAGAUGAAAAGUGUCAUGAAUAAUGCAGAUGAACUACAUUACCCCAGUGAUAUAUCUUCUCCUGGGCCAGUAGAAAUUAUUGCUGUAGUGACGGAAUCACUCACAGGAAUCUCCCGAAAUGCAAGUUCCAAUGUAUUUUUCAAGGCAAAUGACUAUACCAUUGAAUUUUUUGAUUAUGCUACUGUCCUGAAGCCUACUCUCAACUACACAGCUACUGUGAAGAUAACCCGCUCUGACAAUGUUCAGCUGACUCCAGAAGAAAUUAGAAACAAAAUAACCCUCACCAUAACGCAGACAAAUUACACUAAUUAUUGGGACAAAUGGAACAAUGAAGAUCAGGAAAGGGAAACUGUCCAGAUCCUAAAUUACCCAGUUCCAGAAGAUGGGACCAUUCAUCUUGAAUUCCCAAUCUUGGUUAAUACCAGUCAACUGCAAGUGAAGGCUUCUUUUCUUGAGAGUGUGAAUAGCUUAUCAAUUCAUGGCAUGUUUAGAUCUCCUAGUAUGACAUAUAUCCAGUUAAAAACAGGAAGCGAAAAUGUAAAGGCUGGCUCACCUUUUGAACUGACUGUCAGUAGCAACAAGCCACUGAAGGAACUAAGUUAUAUGGUGAUAUCCCAAAGUCAGCUGGUUGCAGUAGGCAAAAAGAAUGGCUCAACUUUUUCUUUAACACCAGAAAAUUCCUGGGCUCCAAAAGCCUGUAUUAUUGUGUACUAUGUUGGAGAUGAUGGGGAAAUUAUAAAUGAUGUUUUGAAAGUUCCUGUCCAACUUGUCUUUAAGAAUAAGAUCACAUUAUCUUGGAAUAAAGUUAGUGCAGAACCAUCCGAAAAUGUUGCUCUUAAAGUUUCUGUGACUCAGCCUGGAUCCCUAAUAGGACUUGUUGCUGUCGACAAAAGUGUAAAGCUGAUGAAUGGCUCAAAUGACCUUACAGAAGAAAGUGUGAUCCAUGAACUGGAAUUAUACAACACUGGCUAUUACUUAGGCAUGUUCACAAAUUCCUAUGCAGUCUUUCAGGAAUGUGGCCUGUGGGUAUCAACGGAUGCAAAUCUUGUGCAUGAUUAUCUGUAUGAAAGUUUUAAUGGAGAGUUCGUGGAGAUGGAUAAAGCAGAUGAUGUAGUUAUGUUCACGAAUGACAGAAAUGACAUGACGGAGCUAGCAUCUGGAGGUGCAUUUCUAGGGAGCAGUGGUCCAUCUAUCAGAAAACAUUUUCCAGAGACCUGGCUUUGGAUAGACACCAAUAUGGGUUCUCGGACUGACAAAGAAUUUGAAGUUACUGUGCCUGACUCCAUCACUUCCUGGGUAGCUACUGCCUUUGUGAUCUCUGAGGAUUUAGGACUUGGAAUGACAACUGCUCCAGUGGAGCUACAAGCCUUUCAACCAUUUUUCAUUUUUUUGAAUCUUCCUUACUCGGUUAUCAGAGGGGAACAAUUUGUUUUGGAAGUAACCAUAUUCAAUUAUUUGAAAGAUGCCAGUGAGGUGAUGGUAACCAUCGAGACAAGUGACAAAUUUGAUAUUCUUAUGACUUCUAAUGAAAUAAAUGCCACAGGACAUCAGCAGUCCAUAUUAGUGCCAAGUGAGGAUGGGGGAACUGUGCUUUUCCCAAUCAAACCAAUGUAUUUAGGAGAGAUUCCGAUCACUGUUACAGCAGUUUCACCUAGUGCCUCUGAUGCCAUCACCCAGAACAUUUUAGUAAAGCCUGAAGGAAUUGAGAAAUCAUAUUCACAGUCUCUCCUCUUGGACCUGACUGGCAACAAAUUAUCAACUACAGCCCAAAGUUUGAACUUCACCUUCCCUCCUGACAGGGUGAUUGGUAGUGAAAAAAUUCAUAUUACAGCUGUUGGAGAUAUUCUCGGGCCUUCUAUCAAUGGCUUAGAGUCCUUGAUUCGGAUGCCUUAUGGCUGUGGUGAACAGAAUAUGAUCAACUUUGCUCCAAAUAUUUAUAUUUUGAAUUACCUGACUAACACAAGACAACUGACAGAUAGUGUGAAAGACAAAACCAUCUCAUUUAUGAGGCAAGGCUACCAAAGAGAACUUCUCUACCAAAGGGAUGAUGGUUCUUUUAGUGCUUUUGGAAAUGGUGAUCCCUCUGGGAGCACAUGGUUAUCAGCUUUUGUUCUAAGAUGUUUUCUUCAAGCUUCUUCUCAUAUAGAUAUCGAUCAGGAUGUGUUACACAGAACAUUUUCCUGGCUCAAGAAACAUAUAAAACCCAAUGGUGAAUUCUGGGAACCAGGAAGAGUGAUCCAUAGUGAUCUUCAAGGUGGCAAUAAUAGUCCAGUUACCCUUACUGCCUAUAUCUUGACAUCCCUCUUAGGUUAUCAAAAAUAUCAGUCUUCCAUGGAUAUGAGAAAAUCUGUUGAGUUUUUGGAGUCACAUUUCAGGGAAGGUGUUUCAGAUAAUUAUACUCUAGCUCUCAUAAGUUAUGCGCUGUCAUCUGUGGAAAGUACUGAAGGGAGAGAAGCUUUGGAUAUGUUGAACCAGAGAGCAGAACAUGAAGGAGGCAUGCAAUUCUGGGUGUCAUCAGUAUCCAAACUUUCUCAAUCAUGGCAGCCGAGUUCCUUGGACAUUGAGGUUGCAGCCUAUGCAUUAUUGUCACACUUUCUUCAAAAUCGGUUGGCCGAGGGAAUGCCUAUUAUGAGGUGGUUAAGCAAGCAGAGAAAUAGUCUGGGAGGAUAUUCCUCUACUCAGGAUACUAUUGUGGCUUUGCAUGCCUUAUCUACAUUUGCAGCUUUUACCAUUACUGGACAGAUAGACAUGAGAGUAAAAGUAACUGGGCCUAGUGUGACAGCACCAACAGAGUUUCUGAUUAACACUAAAAAUCGAUUUCUUCUUCAAACAGCAGAGCUUGCUGUCACACAGCCAGCUUCAGUUACUGUUUCAGCAAGUGGUUUCGGAUUUGCCUUCUGUCAGCUCAAUGUUGUUUAUAAUGUGAAAAAUUCAGAAUCUUCUAGAAGACGCAGAUCUAUCCAAAAUCAAGAAGCCUUUGAUUUAGAUGUUGCCGUCAAAGAUAAUAAAGAUGAUAUCAACCAUUUGACUGUGAAUGUAUGUACCAGGUUUCGGGGACCAUCUAAGAGUGGUAUGGCUCUUAUGGAAGUUAACUUACUGAGUGGUUUUGCAAUGUCUCCAGAUGCAAUUCUACUGAGUGACACAAUUAAGAAAGUAGAGAAUGAUCACGGCCAAGUCAACCUGUAUUUAGACUCUGUAAAUGAAACACAGUUUUGUGUAGAUAUUCCUGCUGUAAGAAACUUCAAAGUAUCAAACACUCAAGAUGCCUCAGUAUCUAUAGUGGAUUAUUAUGAACCAAGGAGACAGGCAGUCAGAAGUUACAACUCCAAAGUGAUGCUGGGUGUUUCCCCUUGUGACCUGUGUGACAGAAAACAGGACUGCAAACUUUGCACGGACAGCUCCCCAACAUUAUUUCAACACUCAGCAGUAGUUUCUUUUUGGUGCUUCUUGUUUCUCUUCUCCUUGCAAAUUUGGCUGUGA